AUGGGGGCCAAUAAAUCUUCUCCACAAACUGUACCCAUCGAUCUGGCCCAACUAUAUGUUUCUCCAUCGGUUGUAAGUCGCAUAGAAAACGUUCGGAGACGAGAGGCAGAAACUUCAAUCGUAAAAACGUUCGAAAACGAUUCGACUGAUCAUGUGGAAAAUCCUCAGCAACAAUCGCCGAGCGAGAAACAGCAACAACAGCAACACGAUCUAUUAGGUAACGGGUGCAGUAAAUUGGAAGAUCAUCAAUUUGCGCAGUCAGUGGAGAUAUUGAGUGACUCUUUAAGCGAAGCUCUGCAACGUACUGAAAAUACUAAUAUCGAAAUUCAAAAAUUACGGAAUCAGUUAAUAGCAUGUCAUCGAGAUCAUCUUGGUGAGCCAUUAUGUUGUGCAGAGUUGGUUGAAAGAUUUCAAGAUUUAGUAUUUCGUGAACAAUAUUUAAAUAAACUGGAAGUUAACCUUAAAAUUGACGAAAGUAGCGAAUAG